CAAAGCUCUUCCGGUUUUCAGUCUGGUCCGCAGGGUUUACCCAUAAAAGAAAGCUGCCAUCACAGGCAGCAGAUCUUUGUUCUCUGAUCACUUGAUAAUGUCAGGACGCGGCAAAGGAGGUAAGGGUCUGGGGAAAGGGGGUGCCAAGCGCCACCGCAAAGUGCUGCGCGACAACAUCCAGGGCAUCACCAAGCCAGCCAUCCGGCGCCUUGCCCGCCGCGGCGGUGUGAAGCGCAUCUCCGGCCUCAUCUAUGAGGAGACCCGCGGGGUGCUGAAGGUCUUCCUGGAGAACGUGAUCCGGGACGCCGUGACCUACACGGAGCACGCCAAGCGCAAGACGGUCACCGCCAUGGACGUAGUCUAUGCGCUGAAGCGCCAGGGCCGCACCCUUUAUGGCUUCGGCGGCUAAACAGCAUUUUGAAGCCCUGUCGUUCUCUAAAAAGGCCCUUUUUAGGGCCCCUAAGCUUUCAACAAAAGAGUUAAAAUGACAGCAAACUGAGUCUCUUAAUAGGGUCCUUGUCAGUGAGUUCUCUUAUCCUGUUUUACAAGAUUAACUCGGGAUGUCGAAAGUGGACUGAUGACUACAGAUGGCCCUGGGCCGAGAUUUCCCAAGGCUAGAAGAGCCUCUGCUGGCCAGUAACUUCUGGCGGCUGCUUGCAAAUUGCCUGCAGCCGGUUUACCGCUCGGAUUAGGGGCGGGCUAGACACUUAACUUCCCUCUGGCCCUUCAAAUACGUCUCGGGAGAGAUGAGGGGUUUGAUGGGGGCUCCAUUAAAUGCUGGAGCCUUCAGGAUUUGGAGUGGGGAGCAGACCAUACUUUUACUACUGUAGAAGACAGCUGGGCAGUCUUAAGAGUCUUAGUAAUAAUAUUCCUUUAUAUGUUUGCCUUCUGAUACGAUUUUUAAAUACUGAAAUAUAUCAAGUAUA